GUGCCUACAGCGCCAGUCCCGGCAUCGAACUGGUACGGGAGGACGUGGCGCGGUUCCUUCAGCGUCGCGACGGCGGAAUCGUCGCCAAACCCGGGAACAUCUUCCUCUCCACCGGCGCCAGCGAUGCCAUCGUGAGCAUCCUGAAGCUGUUGGUGUCCGGUUCGGGGGAGUCGCGCACGGGAGUGCUCAUCCCCAUCCCGCAGUACCCCCUCUACUCCGCCGCCAUCGCCGAACUCAGCGCCGUUCAGCUCAACUAUUAUCUGGACGAGGAGAACUGUUUGGCCGAGUUGCGGCGGGCGCUGGUCGAGGGACGUCGACACUGCUGUCCCCGCGUCCUCUGCAUCAUCAAUCCCGGCAACCCCACCGGACAGGUCCAGAGUCGGCAGUGCAUCGAAGACGUCAUCAAGUUCGCCUUCGAGGAGAAGCUCUUCCUCAUGGCCGAUGAGGUGUACCAGGACAACAUCUACGCCGAGGGCUCGGCUUUCCACUCCUUCAAGAAGGUCCUGUUCGAGAUGGGGCCGCCCUACUCGGAGGUGGUGGAGCUGGCCUCCUUCCACUCCGUCUCCAAGGGCUUCAUGGGCGAGUGCGGGUUCCGUAGUGGAUACGUGGAGGUGGUGAACAUGGACCCGGAGGUGCAGCAACAGUUGUCCAAACUGGUGUCGGUGCGGCUCUGCUUUGCUGGUUGA